AUUUACAGAAAAUCACCGAAUUUGCAGAAUUUCUGAGAAAUAUUCAUUCAUGGAAUUACAUUAUGACAUGUAAUGUAAUUUAAAUAAAGUUGUUGGUGGGGGUAAUUAAAAUUCAAGUUUGCUACGUGGAAUUUUAUCUUCCUAGUUGACGGAAAGACGCUAAAUUAUUUGAUACUUUACAGAUUUAGUUAUUUGCACCGGAUUCAAGAUGAUGGACAAUUUUGAUAAUAGGCCUCAGGCUUAUGGAGAGGUUGGUAUAUACUCAACAGCUGGUGCUGUUCCAAUCAAAAAUGACAAGGGAGAAAUAUCUAUGCAGAAGGUUAAGGUUCAAAGAUAUAUCUCCGGUAAAAGACCUGAUUAUGCAAGAAAAUACAGUGAUUCAGAAUCAGAAGAGGAGGAAGAAGAUUUUGUUACAAAAAAACGAGAUGUUGGCCGAUAUGAUGAGAGUAGAAGUCCGUCCCCUGAAGGUGAUAAUCUGACCGACAUGAAGGCUGUAGCUGACCCUCGGCUGAAGAGGUUGCUGGCGGCCAGGAUGCGGGAGAGGGAUCAGGAGAGCGAGGAGGAGGAGGAAGAAGAGGAUAGGAUCGCCAGGCUCAAGAGAAGAAGGAAAAUUCAAGAACCUGAGGUUGUAGAGGAUGAGGAGGACGAGAAGAAGGUUAAGGUUGAGAAGCAGGAGGAGGAAAGUGAUGAGGAUGAGGAUGAGUCCGACGAUUCUGACUCCAGCGAUGAGGAUCUUGACGAAGACGCCAUUGCACGUCGACGUGAGCUGAUGAGACAGCGCGCGCUUUAUAAAGCACAGGCUGGAGAUGCUCCAGAGGAGGUGAUGACGAAGGAAGAGGAGAAGUCUGGUGGAGAGAGUGAUGAAGAGGAAACAAGUGAGGAGGAAACUGAUUCAGAGGAGGAGGAGGGGGCCAGACUUAAACCCGUAUUUGUCAGGUCAAAGGAUCGUUUGACGAUCCAAGAAAGGGAGAGGGAGGAAGCUAGGGCUCGUCAGCUAGAAAAGGAGGCUCUAAGGGCUGCCGAGGAGCGUAGGAGACAAACCCUGAGAAUGGUUGAGGAUGAGGUUCGGAAAGCUACAAUGGCGGAUAGAUUGACUGGGGAUGAAGGUUUGGGAUUAGAGGAGGUUAAUACAGAUGAUGAGAACGAUGAAAUUGAAUACGAAGCCUGGAAGGUUCGUGAACUGAAAAGGUUAAAGAGAGACAGAGACGAGGCUGAACAGAUAGCUCGGGAGGCCGCCGAGGUUGAACGCCUCCGAAAUCUCACCGAAGAUGAGAGAAGAAUGGAACUGAGAAUGAAUCCUAAACAAAUCACAAAUAAAUCCGCAAAAGGAAAGUACAAAUUCCUGCAGAAAUAUUAUCACAGAGGAGUUUUCUAUCUCGCGGAUGAGGAGAACGUUCUCAAGAGAGAUUUCACGGCUCCGACCCUGGAGGAUAGAUUCAAUAAGAGCGUCCUGCCCAAGGUCAUGCAGGUCAAGAACUUCGGUAGGUCAGGACGAACCAAAUAUACUCACCUGGUGGAUCAAGAUACAACAGAUUUUGACGCGUCCUGGACCCAGGAGACUGCAACCAAUAUCAAGUUUCAACAGCAGCACGCAGCGGGUAUGAGGCAGGUGUUUGACCGCCCAGGACGGAAAAAGAACUAAGAACAAUCUUGGGCACUGUGUAGUAUGAACUGGUCGGAUGUUACGGACUAAUCCGUUGUUAUUUUUUCUCUUCAACUUGUCUGAUCUGCUGCAGUUGUAUCUUUAUGAUUAUUGUGUACAUUUAUAAAUAAGAUUCAUUUCAG